UUCAGUUUUAAAUAAUUUAAAGGGAUGCCCAACUGUUACGCAGCACAUUGGACAUUUUCAGCCUUUUAUUCAUGUUCCCAUGUGCAAUUUGACUAACUGGUGUGCAUGUGGGGCAGAAGAGGUGGGAGGAAACGUCUCCAUCCAUAGAAAGUAAAGUUAGCGACGUGAAAAGGAAUCCUUCAUGGCAGUUAUCUAAGUGUAUCUGCGCUUGCUUCAAAACUUACAACGAAAGUCCAUUUCUCAAGGGAAAGGCUUGGAGCCGGAAACAAGAAACAAAGUUGAAAGAUAGGUGGCUGGUGAGGGAGAAACGUGAGGGCAGGAUUACCCAACACCACUGAACCUGUCUGCUGUAACUGAAGCCGUGAUCACCUGGUCAUCAACAAAGGUAGAGUGCUCUUAAACUGAGGCAGGCAGUUACCAGGGGCUGGACAGAGAGAAGCCCAAGUAUUGGAUAUGCUCUCUGACUCCGGUAUGGAGCUUCCUUCAGGUAAGAUAGCGGCUUUUUCAGGGCUGAAGGAUUGAUGCUUGAUCAAAAUAAAAGAUGCAUGUAGUUGCAUCUUCUGUACGAUUGUGCAGGAAAAUGAAGGUCUAAAUGUACAUUCCAGGGAAGGAGCAAUUUGUGCAAUGGUCUAUGAAUACUUGAGUGUUUCCAAAUCAGAAAAAAAUUAUUCUCAAUAAAUAUGCAGGUAUCCUACAGGUGGACUUUGUUAGUUACAAGUUACUUUUGAUAUGUAGAUUCCACACAGAUGAUUUCUGCCAAGACUCUGGUGAUGUUUGAAGAUGCUGAACAGCACACAGAGCAAGAUGGGGGGCGGGGCAUAUCAGAGAAAGGUGGAGGGGAGAUGGAGGGUAAGUACAGCAUCGGCUCAAUGAGCCCAUCUUCAGCAGAGGAAUCUCUACUGAGAGCGGCGAGAUCAGGAGCUGAAGCCAUGGAGUCGGCUCUCCGGGGGGGCCUGGAGUCACCACUGCAGGAUGAGAGCCUCAACAGCACAGCUCACCACACUUCCCCUCUGGAAUCCAUCAGCGAACUGGAUGAAAAUGAUGAGCACGCAAAUGGAGGGUCUGAGCUCAAAAGGGGACCAGCAGAUGGGGCGCUGAAAGUCAAGGGGCAGACCACGGAGACACAGCCCCCACUGUCUCCUGGGAGGAAGAGGAUUGAGGUAGCGGAAAUUUCAGGUCACACGGGAACUCAGUCAGGUGCCAGCUUGGUGCAGACCUUAAUGUCCGAGGGCACCUAUGAUGAUUUGUUGCAACUAAAUGGCUCAAAGGCAGAUCAUUCGGAGUGCCCACGCAGUGCUUCAGCUAACAGAUUUUUCAAAACAGAAUUUGACAAAAUGCAAGUGGAGGAAACUUGGGUGGGUGAGAACUCCUGCUCUCCAAGUGAGAGUGGAAUUGACAAGGAAAAAGAACGACAGAAGCUUGUGAAAAUCUGUCCAGUAGAUUGUGAUGGAAAUAUCAAAGGUGCUAAGCAGGAUACACGAUUGCCAGUCACAUUGCUAAAGGAGCUACGCGACGUCCAGAUGCAGCAAGAAUCUCACCAGGCAGAGAUUAAACACCUGAGCUCCAAACUGACGGACUCAACAGAGAGGAUAAGAGAGCUGGAGUAUGAGCUGAACUCAGAGAGGAAGAGGAAUGAGAGCCAUGCCUAUAAAAUCCAAGAACUUGAGAAGAUGUCCAAUGAUUCUCUCAUUGAAGUACUGACAGAAUGCAAAUCUAAGGUGGAGCAGUUUGAAGAGCUCAAGCACUCUUCAGUGGACCUUAAAAUUCAGCUACAGGCUGCCCAGGGCACAGUGGCCUUCCUGCAGCGGCGGAUGGUCUCACUGGAGGAGGAACGCAGCCAGAGGCAACACGAAGUGCUCCAGCUGAGUCGAGAGCUGGAGGGAGCCAGGAAGGCAUUGCGGGAGAAGAGCGCCGAGGCAGCCUGGGUCAGCAAGCAGCUCCAGGCUCUCCGCCGGGAGGUGGAGGGGAAGUGGGGGGCGGGGGCCACCGUCGAGGAGAAGCCCGCCAACGGUCACGUCGACACGAGCCACCCGCCACAGUCCAGACAGGACUCCAGGGUGUGCGUCCUGCUGUGA